ACUUGCCACGUGUCCAGUUGGCACAAGUCCAGUUAAAAAGAUGUACCCUAUUACUCAGACCAAUUGUCUUCAAGGCCCUUUCUUCCAAGAUAGACUCCUCAAUUUCAAGUUAACAUUCAUAAUUUCCAUACAAUUUUGAUAGUUAUACGAGAAAGAUAGUGAAUAUCUUUUGUUAAUUUAUAGUCCAUUAGCAUAUUCACGCAAUUCUUCCGACCCAUUUGUAAUUGUUUCAGUAUUUUCAUGCAAUAUAUUUUUUAGUACAAGAUCCAUAGUCAUAUCAUAUCAUAUCAAAAAGAGGUAGCAAGGUAAUAAUCUAUAGGGAAGAUAUUAAUUAGCUUUCCCUUUAAUGCUCUACUUAUUUCGUCCACGUCCAAUCAGAGUAAUCAGUGUAAUCAGUGUAUCUACUCUAGGAAAAGGAGGAACUUGGUGAAAAUAUGGUAUGAUUAUGCGUUCUUUCAUUGCUUGACUAGGUUCGAUUUGAAAGAAAGAAAAGAUAUACUUUCUUUCAUCAUUCCAUCGCUCCCAUCAUGCUUUUAUCCAAGUGAUUUUGUACAUUCUUUACUCUUUCAUCUAAGAAAGAAAAGAUUUGUGUCACUUGAAAGGACACAAAUCUUGACCAAUAUACUUUCAUAAAAUUAUAUCGUGAACAUUAGUUUCACUUGGUUGGAGCAGAGUUCUACACCAGGGAGAUGUUGUCCCUGCAUUCUAAUCUAGUCUUCACUAUUCUCUUUAUUACUGCUCAUUCUCUCUCACAUGAACCUUCUUGUGGUGAAAAAUGUGGUAAUUUUCACAUACCAUUUCCAUUCUACAUGAACCAAUCUAUAUGUAAUUCUUCACUCUCAGAUGAUUUUCGUCUUUCGUGCAUCAACUCAACCUCACCUUUCCUCAACAUUGAUUCUCAAAGCUAUCGAAUUCUCCACUUCUUCUCUGAUGGUGUGCUUGUGGACUUCCCAAACACAACUUAUUGUCGUCAGUACAACGACCUAAAGUCGUUUGGAUUCAAUGGAAAUAACUACUUUGGUAUAUCUCGAGAUAAUAUCUUAGGAUUGUAUGAUUGUGAGGAUUCAUCAUUGUGCAAACCAGAUUGCGAAAAAAGCAUAAUGCCUCGUUGUGAUGGAUCCCCGGGUAGAAACAGCUACCCUUCGUGUUGCUAUCCGUUAACUGAUAGGAGUGCUUGGAAUGAUGAGAAUCCAAGAGAUGGUUUUUCUGUUUUUUCGCAGUUUGGAUGCAGGGGAUUCUCGUCUUGGGUUGAUAUACCUGGCAAUCAAAUAGGAAAACGCGGUGUUAAGUUAGAGUGGGCUGUUCCAGGUAAUUCAACCACAGCUAGUUGUGCUGCCAAUGCAGAUAUCAUCAAUGCUACAACUGUUGAUUCCGGGAUUAGAUGUGAAUGCCAAGAUGGAUAUGUAGGUGAUGGUUUUGCUGUUGGAGUAGGCUGCCUCAAAUCUUGCAUCAAAGAAGGAAAGGAAGCAUAUGGCAAAGCAUGUUACUCAACUAGUCAUGGCAGAAGGAAAACAGAAAUUCUAGCUGGAGUUCUCACUUCAGCACUCACCAUUACCUCCUUAACAGCACUUUUCUGUGUUUUAAGACGGCCUAUGAAGACGGAUAUAUUCGAUCAUCCUAGUAUGACACGGAGUCAGGGUAACGUCUCGUUCCAGAAACCUUGUACAAUCCGAAUGUUUACGUACCAUGAGCUAGAACAGGCCACAAAAGGUUUUCAAGAUGAGCAAAUACUUAUUGAUCAUGGUGGUGGCAAAGCUACAUUAUAUUCUGGAACUCUAGUAGAUGGAUCAAGAAUAGCUGUACACAGACUCCAAUGUGAUAGCGAAAGAGAACUCGUCGAGGUCCUGUCCCGAGUGGAGGCAUUACAUGCUGUUUCACACAAGAAUAUUCCUCACAUUCUUGGAUGGUCUGUGGAUUCUGGAUACACCCCGUUAGUGGUGUACGAGUAUCCUGUUAAUGGAACGCUCGGAGAACAUCUUUAUAAAACUAAAGAUGAGACUAAACGAGGCCUCGAUUGGCACCACAGAACAAACAUUGUUGCUGAAACAGCAAAUGUUCUUGCAUUCCUUCAGUCUGAGGUUUGUCCCCCCAUCGUACAUCAUGAACUCAACGCCAAUUGCAUUUUCCUAGAUGAGGACUUGACUGUAAAACUUUUUGGGCUUGAGCUCCCCACGAAUGCAAACACCGAUAACAAAAAGCAUAGCGAUGUUUACAACUUUGGCUUGGUUCUUUUGGAAGUUAUUACAGGUAGCAGCUCAGAUCAUCUUCCAUCAAAGACAGCUUUACAGAAAAUAACAAGUGGGAAGCUAGAAGAGAUAGUCGAUCCACGUCUUUACUAUCAUGAGCAGCCUAUUUUCCGGAGGGAACAGAUAGAGAUAGUAGCAGACCUUGCAACAAGAUGCAUAAUAUUUGGUUCCCAAAAUGGAAAAUUUCACAUUGGAGAUGUUUCACGAGAACUUGUUCACAUAACAAAAGAUGGAAUUGAUGGUAGAAGUAGGAGAUGUCCAUCAACUCAUAAUCUUGAAGAGACUUUUUCCAAUUCAAGCCUUCUUCAGAUGAUAUCUAUGUCUCCUGAUUCAAUACAUGUCCCUGCUGCCAGAGGGUUCUCUUAAGCUAUGUUGCUUCCGACUUUUCAAAAAUGUCUGUCAGAUCCUCCAGAACUAGUAGUUCAUUAAAUUGGUUGGAGAAAGAGGAAGGUUCUCACACUACCAUGAUCAAAAUACAUAUUGUAAUUAUGUACAGUAAUGACUUGCUUCUUUUAUUUCCUUCUUCUUAUGCAUAAACAAGGAAGCCUAUUGUUUCAAUAAA